AUGACGUGCUCCACGUCGCGCCCGCAAUCGCCGGCGACGCGAUCGAACGCCGCGUUCGGUCGUCGCUCCCGUUCGACGUCUUCGUCGCCGCAAAGAAACCGAUCGCAUCGACAUCGUCACCGCGUCGCUCUCCGCACGCGCGCGUCCUCGAACGAUCAGGAGACGCUGACCUGGGAUGAGAUCGAGAACAUCGUCAACCGCGACGUCGUACGAAGCGUGAUGACGUCCAGGGUGCUCUCGGUGGGACCGAACGCGAGCGUGUUCGAGGCGAUGAAGCUCUUGGUGGAGAACCGCAUCUCCGCCGUGCCCGUGGUGGACGAGAAAGGAGUCGUGCUAGGAGUGGUGAGCGAGUACGAUCUCAUGGCCAGAGUGGGGAAGAAGGAAACGACUAGAAGCGUGAAGGACGAUGGGAUGUUUCCGCGCGUCGGUCGGUGUGAUGAGUUCAACGGCAACGUCAAGCAAAUGUGGAACCAGUUUCACAACCUGCAAGAGCGCAUGUACAAGGCAAGCGGGACGAAGGUGCUGACAGCCAUGCACGAGACGCCGGCGACGUGCACACCGGAUACACCGCUCGUCGAAGCGACGGAGUUGAUGCUCGAUAAGAAUUUGGCGAGGCUUCCGGUUGUGGACGAGCGAGGCGCCCUCCUCGGUAUUUUGUCCCGCGGCGACAUCAUGCGAAGAACGUUCCAAGCGUUCCUGUUGGCGCAACAAACCACGGAUAGGGACGAGUUCGCACGAGAGGUACAAAAGCUCGACGUGAGCGAUCCCGGGAUUAACUCCGAGAUGAACCCAUCGCCCUCUGUCGUGGAGUUCUGCGAAGCCGCUCCGGAUGACGACGAGUGUAAAAUUUUUGACUGA